AUGUCUUCCUCCGCCUGGGAGCCCUCAACAUGGCGCUCCAAGCCCAUCAAGCAGGCGCCGGCCUACCCUGACCCCAAAAAGGUCACGGCCGCCUGCGACGAGCUCACCCGACUGCCGCCCAUUGUCCACCCGGCCGAGAUCCAGCGCCUCAAGGCGUCCCUGCGCGACGUGGCCGCCGGCAACGCCUUCCUGCUCCAGGGCGGCGACUGCGCCGAGCUCUUCUCCUACUGCGAGCAGUCGGCCAUCGAGUCCAAGAUCAAGCUCCUCCUGCAGAUGAGCCUCGUCCUCAUCUGGGGCACCGGCAAGCGCAUCGUCCGCAUCGGCCGCAUGGCCGGCCAGUACGCCAAGCCGCGCUCCAGUCCCAUGGAGACGGUCAACGGCCGGCAGAUCCCCAGCUUCCGCGGCGACAUCCUCAACGGCUUCCACGAGGACGAGCGCGAGCUCGACCCGCGCCGGCUCGUGCAGGCCUACCACCACUCGGCCGCGACGCUCAACUUUAUCCGCGCCAGCCUGUCGUCGGGCAUUGCCGACCUGCACCGUCCUCUGGACUGGGGCCUGGGCCACGUGCAGGAUCCCGCGCUCAAGGAGAAGUACAGCGCCAUCGCGACGAGCAUCCAGCAGACGCUGCGCUUCCUCCAGGUCAUCAACUCGCGCCAGACGGGUCUCGAGACGGUUGAGCUCUUCACCAGCCACGAGGGCCUCUUGCUGGAGUACGAGCAGGCCCUCACUCGGCUGCUGGAGAAGCCUGCCACGCUCACGUCGCCCGAGACGGGGGGCACCGCCUCGCCGACGGCUGAGGGCCCCGCUGCUGCUGCGCAGCCCAGGAAAGAGUACUACGACACGUCGGCGCACUUUAUCUGGAUCGGCGACCGCACGAGACAGAUUGACCACGCCCACGUCGAGUUCUUCCGCGGCAUCGCCAACCCAAUCGGCGUCAAGGUCGGGCCCUCCACACCGCUCGAGGACAUCCUCGACCUCCUGCGCACGCUGAACCCGGACCGGGAGCCGGGCAAGGUCACGCUCAUCACGCGCUACGGCGCCACCAAGGUCCGCGACCUGCUGCCCCGGCAUAUCCGCGCCGUCGAGGACUCGGAGUACGAGGGCUGCGUCGUCUGGCAGUGCGACCCCAUGCACGGCAACACGGUCAGCACGCCCACCGGCAUCAAGACGAGAAAGUUCAACGACAUUUACCGCGAGCUGCAGGAGACGCUCAAGAUCCACAAGGAGCAGGGCAGCUACCUGGGCGGUGUGCACCUGGAGCUCACCGGCGACGCGGUGACCGAGUGCCUGGGCGGGAGCGAGGGUCUGGGCGAGGACGACCUCUCGACUAACUACACGUCGUUCUGCGACCCGCGGCUCAAUGAGAAGCAGGCACUGGAGCUGGCUUUUUUGAUUGCGGACCACCUGUCGCAGGAGGGGAAAGGGAUUGCCGUGGUGUGA